AUGUCAUUUUGGUUAGCAAAAUCGACUGUUAGGUUGAAGUGGUGGCGGAUAAAGCUUUGGUUCAUGAUCAUUGACAUCCAUGUCUUGCACACUAAAGUGCAAUGGAUCAAAGAUUUAACGGGUAGCCUACAUAUUAUACCAACUGAGAAGGCAGGAGCUGGUGUUGCUUUGGCCACAACAGCUAGUGAUCAUGCUACUCAUGGUGAUGGUGGUGGUGGUUGUCGAGGAGGAGGUUUUGGCAACUGA